AUGUUUUUUUUUUUGAAAAAAAAACACACACACUAUCUGGAAAAAACUAGUAAGAGAUGCAUAUUUUGGAGAAAAUUGGAUUGUCGGUUUUUGGAAAAAAAAAACUCUCAGCUCCUCGAAAAAGAUGUUGUUGUAUGUGAGAGUUAA